GCCAUAUUGAUUCCUGUGAAGUUGGAAAAUAAGCUAUUUAAAGUUUUGUAAGAUUUUUACACAGAACGCCACUUUAAACUAAACAUAACUAUAUAUAAACAGAAAGGCGUUUAUUGAAAGGAUUAUACAGCACAGUUUCUACGAAGAUGUAGUGGAUUUUACUAUGACAAAAUGUGAUGGAAAGAAAGAUAUGAAUUUCAUCGCACCUGCCGCUUUUCGAAGUUGUGCAACUUUACAAAAUCAUUGGAUUACUUCAUGUAUUUAGAAAGAUGACUGCUGGUCGGUUAUCUAAAUUACUAUUAUUACUUUACAUUUCAUCAUGGCUGUGUAUAGAUACAACAGAGGGAGUAUGUGAUUGUUCGACAGAUUGUGUAACAAGCUGUGCCGCGGGGCAAUAUUGGGAUGCCACCGGUUCAACUUGCACAUCCUGUCUCCCUGGAUACUAUUGUACAGGAGGUUCAUCAGCCCCAACAGCAUGUAGUCCUGGCACAGCAAACCCUAACCCAGGAUCCAGUGCAUCUGGGGCCUGUGUAUCCUGUAGUGCCAAUCAGAUCAGUGAUGCUGGAAAAGCUGCAUGCAGGGCAUGUCCAGCUGGUUCCUCAUGCGUCCAGCCAAACACUAUGAAUGCAUGUAGUGCAAAUGAAUACUCUGUAGAAGGAGAUAUGAACUGCAACACUUGCCCCUCGGAUAGCAUAUGUCCAGAUCAAACAUAUAAACAAGCAUGUCCUGCUGGUCAGGUCCCAAAUGGUGCUCAGAGUGCGUGCCAGAACUGUGGUACUGGCAACUAUAGAGGGGAUUCAGACUCCACAUGUCAAACGUGCCCUGCAGGUUCUAAGUGUCCAAAUGCACAGAUGUCAGCUCCCACUGCAUGUCCAGAUGGGGAGUUCCAGGCUAAUACAGGACGGACAAGUUGUUCACCAUGUAGUGCUGGGUAUGAAUGCUCCGAUAAAACCACUGAGACUGAGUGUGUGGCUGGAACAUAUGCUGCAGCUAAUAGUAUCACAUGUACAGCUUGUCCUACAGGUGAAUAUUCUGCAGCUGGUGCAGAGUCCUGCACCCAAUGUGAUGCUGGUUACUCCUGUACAUCAACUGCUAAAACCCCAUGUCUGGCUGGAACAUACAGUGCAUUAGGAGCAGCAACAUGCACAAAUUGUGCUGCUGGGUAUUGGAGUUCAGCACAAAGCACAAGUUGCACUCAGUGUAAUGCUGGAGAAGACUGUAGCGAUCAGACCAAAUCACCACCAGAUUGUGGGGCAGGGACUUUUAGUAAUGCUGGGGAUGCAGCUUGUACCAGUUGUCCCUCAG